GUUAGAUAGAUAGAGAGGGAAGCUGUAGGGACUCCCUUCUCAUCCACACCGUGCUCAGAAUCCACAGGGGCAGCCUGGUCACACGACCGGACUGCCUGGGCUUUCAAUAUGCUUUCUCCGCUGCUUGCUUCGUUUGGAUUCCUGAGCGUGCAUGGUACGUCGUUUGGUUUAAUUCUAAAGCUCACUGCUCUUUCUUCCUCUCCGCUUUGCGCUGCGCCUCAAGGUGGCUGUCCAGCGGGUUAUCGAGGACAGUUCGGCAACUGGCUGAAAGCUGAGCCCGCCCGCUCACACGGACAAACGGACUGCAGUUUUACCUGAAGAGGGAGAAAUGGAGAACCCGGCCAAGUAUCUCUCUGCCGUGCAGGGGAUCGAUUCCGUGCCGGCGCCCCUCGGAGAGAUCAUGUGGAACAGCACUGAAACGGAGGCGACGAACGACGGGAGGAAGGAUAUGGUGGUGCGCACGGUGACGGGCUGCCUCCUGUCCCUGCUCAUCCUGUGGACUUUGUUGGGGAACAUCUUGGUGUGCUCCGCGGUGCUGCGCUUUCGACACCUGCGGACCAAAGUCACCAACAUCUUCAUAGUGUCCUUGGCUCUGUCGGAUUUAUUCGUGGCCGUGCUGGUGAUGCCAUGGAAAGCUGUGGCAGAGGUGGCAGGGUACUGGCCAUUUGGCACUUUUUGCAACGUCUGGGUCGCCUUUGACAUCAUGUGCUCCACAGCAUCCAUUCUCAACCUCUGCAUCAUUAGCGUGGAUAGGUACUGGGCCAUCUCCAGCCCCUUUCGCUACGAGAGGAAAAUGACCCAGCGAGUCGCCUUUGUUAUGAUAAGCGUCACCUGGACGCUGUCUGUACUCAUUUCAUUCAUACCGGUCCAGUUGAACUGGCACAAAGCCACCGCUGACAGUUUGGCCGGAGCGCGCAACUCCACAAAUCGGCAACUGGAGGAAAACUGCGACUCCAGUCUGAGCAGAGAAUACGCGAUCUCCUCGUCGCUCAUAAGUUUCUAUAUUCCCGUGGCGAUCAUGAUUGUAACAUACACCAGGAUAUAUCGGAUUGCUCAGAUCCAGAUCAGAAGGAUAGCGUCCCUGGAGAGAGCGGCGGAACACGCGCAAAGCUGCAGGAGCAACAGGAUAGAGUGCCAACAUCACAACACGCUGAAAACUUCAAUUAAACGGGAAACCAAAGUGUUUAAAACUCUUUCAGUGAUCAUGGGCGUGUUCGUGUGCUGUUGGUUGCCCUUUUUCAUAUUAAACUGCAUGGUACCGUUUUGUAACCGGCCGGCUGCGGACCGGGAAGCGGGCCUGCCGUGCGUCAGCGAGACGACCUUUGACGUCUUCGUGUGGUUUGGCUGGGCCAACUCCUCCCUCAACCCCAUCAUCUACGCCUUCAACAACGAGUUCAGGAAGGCAUUCGCCAGCCUCUUGGGCUGUCGCUACUUCUGCUCGAGCACACCCGUGGAGACUGUGAACAUCAGCAACGAACUGGUCUCCUAUAACCAGGACACGAUCAUCCACAAGGAGAUCGCGAACGCCUACGUCAACAUGAUACCCAACGUGGUCGAAUGUAUGGAGCACGAAGAGACCUUCGACAGGAUUUCACAGUUUUCUCACAACAACGACAAUGCCACGGACUCCGUUUGCGACCUGGAGGACUGCGAGGCGGACAUCAGUCUGGACAGGUUGUCACCGUUCACCCCAAACGGAUUACACUGACUCCACACGGUGCGUCACGGGAUGUAGUGAUGAUUCUCAGAGCCGGCCCCAAGUUUUACAGAGCCCUGGGCAGAAUUUGAUAUCAUCAUCGUCAUCAUC